CCCGGUGAGCUUUAUAGCAACUGUUGCCCUGCUAAUCAGCGCCAUAGUCACCGUAGUCCUGGCGACUGUAACCCACCAACAACAACAACAACCUCUCGCUCCAUCACUACCACCUCCACCAUCCUCAUCUUCAUCAACACACUAGUCCUCAGUCCAGGCGCCAUGCAGACCCCCGAGGCAGGCUCUGACAGCGCGUCCACAGUCCCCCUCCAGACCGCUGUGCCUGCGCAGCCUGCCGUCACCACCCAGCAGGUAGCGCCGCAGGUGCCCGUCCAGCAGCAGGUGCAGACGGUCCAGCAGGUGCCGCACGUGUACCCGACACAGGUCCAGUACGUGGAGGAGAACAGCGGCGUUUACACCAAUGGGACCAUACGGACGUACUCGUACUCGGAACCGCAGCUGUACAGCCAGAACAGCGGGGGCAACUAUUUCGACACGCAGGGAGGGUCGUCGCAGGUGACGACGGUGGUGUCGUCCCACAGCAUGGCGGGCGGAGGGGGAGGUGGCGGGGGGCUGCCCAUGGGCUUGGCCGGGGGACAGAUCAUCAGCAGCUCCGGGGCGUACCUCAUCGGGAGUGGGGGCAACUCCAUGGAGAGCAGCACACCUCACCCCGCCCCUCAGACGAACCGAGCCUCCCCGGCCACUAUUGAAAUGGCGAUUGAGACGCUCCAAAAGUCUGAAGGUUUAUCCACUCAACGAAGUUCUCUGCUCAACAGCCAUCUGCAGUGGCUUCUGGACAACUACGAGACGGCCGAGGGCGUGAGCCUGCCCCGUUCCACACUCUACAACCACUACCUGCGCCACUGCCAGGAGCAGAAGCUCGAUCCAGUCAAUGCCGCCUCCUUCGGCAAGCUCAUCCGCUCCAUCUUCAUGGGUCUGCGCACUCGCCGCCUUGGCACCAGGGGCAACUCCAAGUACCACUACUACGGCAUCCGCGUGAAGCCCGACUCGCCGCUGAACCGCCUGCAGGAGGACAUGCAGUACAUGGCUCUGCGGCAGCAGCCUGUACAGCAGAAGCAAAGGUUCAAGCCUGUGCAGAAGGCAGACGGGAUGGGUGGGGAGAACUUCUCUGGUGGCGGGCAGCACACACCGAGCACUGCUGAGCAGACAGUUAUCGCACAGAGCCAACACCACCAGCAGUUCCUGGACGCCUCGAGGGCACUGCCGGAGUUUGUGGAGCUGGACCUGGGCGAGACGAACGCGGACCUCAUCAGUCCUGAGGACGUGAAGACCCUGCAGACGCUGUACAGAGAGCACUGCGAGGCCAUCCUGGACGUGGUGGUGAACCUUCAGUUCGGUCUGAUAGAGAAGCUGUGGCAGACAUUUUGGCGCUAUUCCCCCACCCCUACUGUAGAGGGCACCACCAUCACAGAAAACAGCGGAGUAAGCGAGAUCGAGGGCCGCCUGCCGCGGGCGCGCCUCCUGCAGCUGUGCCGUAGCGAUGCGGUGCUUAGGUGGAUGAGCGCCUGCGACCACGUCAUGUACCAGGCCCUCGUGGAGAUCCUCAUCCCAGACGUGCUGAGACCCAUUCCUAGUGCCUUGACUCAAGCCAUCCGCAACUUUGCCAAAGGCCUCGAGGGCUGGCUUACCAACGCCAUGACUGCCAUUCCCCAGAAGAUGAUCCAGACCAAGGUCGCUGCUGUUAGUGCCUUCGCGCAGACGCUGCGCAGAUACACAUCCCUGAACCACCUGGCACAGGCGGCACGCGCCGUGCUGCAGAACACCUCCCAAAUCAACCAGAUGCUGAGCGACCUAAACCGCGUUGACUUUGCCAACGUGCAGGAGCAGGCCUCGUGGGUGUGCCAAUGCGAGGAGGGCUUGGUGCAGCGUCUGGAGCAGGACUUCAAGGUGACGCUACAGCAGCAGAGCUCCCUGGAGCAAUGGGCCGCCUGGCUGGACAACGUGGUCAGCCAGGUGCUGAAGCCCUACGAGGGUCGGCCCAGCUUCCCCAGGGCCGCCAGGCAGUUUCUGCUCAAGUGGUCAUUCUACAGCUCCAUGGUGAUCCGUGACCUGACCCUGCGCAGCGCUGCCAGCUUUGGCUCCUUCCACCUGAUCCGCCUGCUUUAUGAUGAGUACAUGUUUUACUUGGUGGAGCACCGCGUUGCCCAGGCAACCGGCGAAACACCCAUCGGCAUCAUGGGAGAGUUUGAUGACCUCAACGCCAUGUCACCUGCCAACAUUGACAAAGAUGAGGUGAGCGAGAUGGACAGCGACCUUGAGGAGGAUCUGGAGGACUCCGGUGAACCCUUGGCCAAGCGAGAGAAAGCGGAAGCUGAGGUCAUCCAUGUACUCCAAGUAGGGGCGUUGGAGGACGGCGGUAGCGCAGUGGUGGGUGUGGUCCAAGCCGACAUGCUCAGUUCCCUGCCCCAGCCCCCGCAGGAUCACGCGGACCACAUCCUGACCCCUUCAGCCGGUACGCCCACCAUCCAGCAUUGCAGUGCUACUGGGAACACAUAUGCCUCUGUCUGAGGGGGAGGGGCCUGGGUACCCCCACACCCCACCCUCUGUCUAUCGCUGUACUCCCUGUACCUCCCUAUUCCCUCCCUUGGUGUCUCCCUCUCUCUGUGCUCUCGUCGCCGGGCUCCCCGGUGCUCCCGCAGGAGGAUCCCUCGCCAUGUGACCGCGACUGUUUGCUUGGCUGAAGCCACCAGACGUCACGUGACCUAUGCCUGCCAGUCAUUGUCAUCCCUGACCGGAGACGAACCAAAACGUGAUGUUUGGCCAUCCGCAGGAGGACCGGUCUUUGGGGGCUUUGGGGGCUUUGUGGGCUGGUCUUGUGUGACCCGACCGUCAUGUGACCCUGGUACAGUCUGCUCUCAAUCAGGGUGUGUCUGCAAGCGUGUGUCGCUGUGUUUCUGCAUCUGUGCGAACAGAGAUGGGAAGAGCGGAAGGCUAUUGGGCUCGAGGGGCCCGGCUGUAGUCUUGUGGUGGUGGGGGAUGUUAGGGUGACCUGGAUGAAGCUGCUCUUCAUAACUGUGUGGCGGGGUACGGGCUAAAAACUGAAUGUCUUUCAAGUCCUGUUUUCUGUGAGUUGUCUUUUUUUUUUUGUUUUUUUUUUGGGGGGGGUUCUGUUGAUGGCCAAGAACACAAAUCCAAGCCAUGAGCCACCCCCCUCCCCCCACCCUGUCACGAGUGCCCUCGGCUUUAUAGAACACAUGCAUCUCGGCGAAGGACUUGCUUUCAUGUACCAAAGGUUAGUGUAGCCACCUGCUGCAGAGAAGGCGUUGCAUUCUGGGUUCAGUUCCACUCUUUAGUUCCACACCUUCCUCCUCCAGCUCAGCCCCACCGUGUGCGUUAAUUAUUCCGUAGAAGAAACGGCAGGUCUGCUGCACGGCUCUACACAAUAAUGUGACACUGGCAGCACGGCGGUUAAAGGCACCAAGUCGGUUUUAAACGUUCGCUUGUUGGAGGCCCACAGACGAAACUUAUGUUGAACCCACAUGAAGGUAUUUAACGUAAACUCCCGCACCAGGGUAUCUGUCUCUGCAAAAAGAUAAUGUUAUAAUCCGCUUUGGACACAAGCAUCGGUGACUCAUCAGCAAUACCUGCGCCACGCAUCGCUCUCUACGGGGAACAAUCAGUUGCUGCUGCAGUGGGUAUUGAGUUACCGAACUCUACUGUAUACUCUGUUCCUUUGUUUUUCCAUUGUUUGUGAGGUUUUUGUUCUUCUCGGACCAAAAACAAGCGGAAGCAGGCGAAGGGAGGCCCCCGUCGGCCGUUGCGAGCGACAAAGGGCUGGUCUCCUCUCACAGCAGUGCCAUUUUGCCGCGCAGAGCAAAUGUCAGGGAUUUCCGUACCUCGGCUGCAUCACAGUGCCUUAACCCAGCGUUCGCUUUGUGCGUAGUGUCGUCUACUCGUCUACGAAGCAGUCCCUUCAGCCCUCCCUCAGCUGCAAAGAAUGACCAGAGCUGCAGGUUCAACCACUCGCUCCUACCCUGUCCCCGUUUGUCUGCUUUCUGAAUCGGCUGGAUUUGUGGUCUGUCAUCAGUUAAGUGGGGAAGAUGAGGGGCUUGGGGUUUUUUUUUUUUGGCUUAAAUUGUGGUCGUUUAUGCUUGUGUGACUGUGUGUUAUGUGUCACCAGUUUCCGUGUGAUCUGGAGGGUACUCCUGUGUGUCAUGGGAAUGCAGCGCAGGGUUCUCACAUCAUGCUUGCGUGCUGUGUGUGAGCGGACUCGGGAGCGUGUCUCCGUGAGCGCAGUCUGUUCCGCACGGCCACCGCUGCUCCAUCUUUUCACCAUUCUUUUUUUUUUUUUUUUGUUCUUUUGUCUGUUUUUACUGACAGAUACGCUUCCAUGUGUCAUGAGUCCCAAAUUUUACCUGCUCUCUGUACAGUGGACCAAAACUUGAUAUUUUCUAUAGUAAAUUAUAUAUAUCUAUAUACACUCUGAGGAAAGAGCUUUUUUUCCCCCCAUGCAUUUGUGUUGAGGGUCAACAUGUGGUCACUCUUCAGUCACCUUUCUGCGAUGGGUCUACUGUGAAAGGAGCCAGGGAGGCAGAGCCUGAUACUGGACAGCUGUGACAUUUGCACCUCCUGACCUGCACCCAGUAUGCCACUGGGGGGGCGCUGCAUCAUGACCGGAACUCUCCGUGACACAUGGUUAGUGCAGUAAAUGCUGUCAUAGACCACUGGAACUAGUUUUGCCUGGAAAGCACUGCUGUAAAGUGGGGGGGGGGGGCGUUGGUGGCUGAUCAUCCCUUUGGGUCUGUUUACUGUAAAUAAGGAGCCCCUGUAUGGGUGGCCACCGGUGUUACGGCGCCGCCCCUGUGGUGAGCGGGCAGAAUGAGGCCCAGGUCCACUGAAAGUUCCACCCCACAUUCCGCAUUCCUGGCUGCACUGGAGACCUGGAACUUUGUACUUGAACUGUUACUCGUCGCUGUUGUUUGAUCGAGUAGUGAGCUUUGUUGGAACUGGCGACGACAGACAUGGGUGUUUGUUUCUUUGACUACUACUGAUUUUCGAAUCCUCACUGAAAGUGAAGCGUUUGGCGGUAAAUUCCUGGGAACUGUUUGCACUGAUUUUUGUACUGAUGAAAAACCUGCAGGUUUCCUUUUGUAUUUCCUCUUCAGGAGCUCUUUAAGCAGAUUUGACCGUGAGCCUCAUGGCGGAAGAGUGCGUACAGGGACUUAAAUACAAUGGGUGGGGGGUGGGGGGCUUAUAUUCAAAUGAAUGGCUGCGAUAUCUUGUGGUACUGACCGGAAAGAGGAGUGUGUUACAUUUUAUUGGGGGGGAGAAAUAAAUCCAGGAUUUCUACUGAUGAUGGUGCAACGUUCAACUUUGACGGACUGUUUUAACUCCC